GUAACGUAUUCCCCCCACGUACUUUUCAUUGAAGUAGAAUUUGAAUAAGGAAGAUGGCGGCUGCAGCAGUGGUUGAGUUUCAGAGAGCUCAGUCUCUCAUCAGCACGGACCGCAACGCCUCUAUCGACAUCUUUCACUCAAUAGUGAGACGAGAUGUUCAAGAGAACGAUGAAGAAGCUGUCAGGGUUAAAGAACAAAGCAUCCUGGAGCUGGGGACACUCCUGGCCAAGACGGGACAAGCUGCUGAGCUUGGUGGCUUGUUGAAAUUUGUGAGGCCUUUCCUGAUUUCUAUCAGCAAAGCCAAGGCAGCCCGGCUCGUUCGCUCCCUGCUGGACCUCUUCCUCGACAUGGAGGCCGCCACUGGGCAGGAGGUGGAGCUGUGUCUCGAAUGCAUCGAGUGGGCCAAGGCAGAGAAGAGGACCUUCCUACGACAGGCUCUGGAGGCUCGGUUGAUCUCGCUGUAUUUUGACACCCAAAGAUACCAGGAGGCCUUGGCUCUUGGCUCUCAGCUGCUGCAGGAGCUGAAAAAGAUGGAUGACAAAGCUCUUCUUGUGGAGGUUCAGCUGCUUGAAAGUAAGACGUACCACGCUCUCAGUAACCUGCCCAAGGCCCGUGCUGCCCUGACCUCAGCCAGAACCACUGCCAACGCCAUCUACUGUCCUCCGAAGCUCCAGGCAGCGCUGGACAUGCAGUCAGGGAUCAUCCACGCAGCUGAGGAGAAGGAUUGGAAGACGGCCUACUCCUACUUCUUUGAGGCCUUUGAAGGCUACGACUCCAUCGACAGUCCCAAAGCCAUCACAGCACUCAAAUACAUGCUUCUGUGCAAAAUUGUGCUCAACCUACCAGAGGAGGUACAAGCUCUGAUCAGCGGCAAACUGGCCCUGAGAUACGCCGGCCGGCAGACGGACGCCCUGAAAUGUGUUGCUCAAGCCAGCAAGAACCGAUCGUUAGCAGACUUCGAGAAGGCUCUCACAGAGUACAAAGCAGAAUUGAGGGACGAUCCGAUCAUCAACACUCACCUGGCCAAGCUGUACGACAGCCUGCUGGAGCAAAACCUCAUCCGAGUCAUCGAGCCGUUUUCCAGAGUACAGAUAGAACACAUAUCGGAUCUAAUCAAACUAUCAAAGGGUGAUGUGGAGAGGAAAUUAUCACAAAUGAUUCUGGACAAAAAGUUUCAUGGAAUCCUCGACCAAGGUGAAGGUGUUUUAAUCAUAUUUGAAGAGCCCCCAGUGGACAAAACGUAUGAAGCAGCCUUGGAAACGAUUCAGAACAUGAGUAAAGUUGUGGACUCGCUUUACAACAAAGCCAAGAAGCUCACAUAGAGCAGGAUUCUGUGGCUGUGCGAUCGAGGAACUGUGUGUGUUUUGACCAGCAUGUGUAAGAUUCGAAGAAGGGGACAAGAAAGAGCAGCAGAGAGGAUUUCCCCAUCAAACGUCCCUCCCUACACGGACAGUCUCAUUACUACUCCUGUUUAUUUCCUUUGAUUUUUAUAUCUAUUCAGGAUUCUGUAAAACACUCAGCGGCCAAAUCAGGCCAUCAGGGAAUAUUUUACGACCACAAGGAUGGAACAAAUACUAGGUUUAAGAGUACAAAUGGGUUUAUAUCAGCCGUUAACAGACUCCACUGCAACCUCACAUGUGCAACGUCGACCUCCACGGCCCUGCGCUGCUAGCGGCUGUGUCAGCAGCAGCAAGGCUGCUUUUCCACGUCUUUCAGAAGCAAACUGUUUUUGGAAGGUUGGAUUUUGUUCAGAGAGCUCUCACUAGAUCUAUUUUAAUUUGUCCUCGACCAUAUCGAUGCCAACAUUUAAGUCCCCUCUGUAUUUCAAAUAUGUAUUAAACAAUUUGUUUCUGAUUUAGUGAUUUUUUUCCCUUUUGUUUGUUGUUAAGGAAAAUCAGAUGAUUGCCACAGGUUUGCCCCUCCUGCUUUUUUGUAAGUUUCUAGAUGAGACAGUAUGCCAUUUCACCACUAGUGCCACUUUUUGGCGCUUGAGUUAGCAUUGGGGAUUGGGUGCAACAUGAAACGGGGUGGAGGUAGAGAUGUUUUUGUUGCCUCUGAGCAUCUGAGUUUUCCUGAGUGAACACUUCUCCAUUGGUAGUUCUUAGCACUAGCGUGGUAUGCUAGUAACCAAACAAUUUGUAUUGGUUUGAUUUGGUUUUGGUUUAUUUUCCUCUUAUAUAAAAUACAUUUUCAAAAAUAAAUAUUUUGUAUUUUAAAGAUUUUGUCUUGUCUCUUAAAAUAUGCUGAUGGUAACUGAAUGUGAGAAGAACAGGUGUUUCCCCAGGUCGCUAAACGGUCACGUUUCUAUUAAAUUGAAUUUGAAUGUUUAUGCACUGAAAUCGUUUUUAAACUGGUAAAGACAAAAUGCAAUCUAAGAGUCUUUGUUGCUUUUUCAGUCUAUUAAAUGGUUUCUGAUCAAAGGGCAUUAUUCAUUUGAAUAAAAUAUUGUCUUUGAUUUUUUUUCUCUUACAUAAAAUGUAAAUUUUACAAAGCUGUACACAAUAAAGUUUCAUAAGAAAAC